AUGGAGUGUUGGGGUGAGAGUAGUGACAAAGACUACCAACCUAGUGAAACUGAUUUGUCAGAAGUUAGCCUUCGUGAUUUAGACUACAUUUCUGAUGAAGAAAAUGUUGAAUUGAGGAAGAAAUUAAAAACAGCAGAUAAUGUUUUCAAUUUGAUGAAUGUGAAUGAUGGGUUUGAAGCCGAGAUAGAGCACACACAUGAUGGUUUGCAGUGUAGAGAGGCUUUAACCACUUGGGCAAUUGAGAAUGGUAGAUACAUUCGCUUUAGGGCUGUUUCUAAGAAGAAGCUAUUAGCAAAGUGUACUCUUCCUUGCCCUUGGCAAGUUUUUGCAAGCUCUAUGCAGGGUAAUGGCAGCUUCAUGAUAAAAAGUUACCAUGGUGACCAUAACUGUCCUAAGGCAAUGAGUAAUAAAUUGCUGAGUUCACAGUGGAUUGCAAAACGGUACGUUAAUGUGUAUAGAGUUAGAUACAAUUUAGGUGUGAAAGAUCUUGGGGCAGAUAUUCUACAGAGGUUCAAGGUGAGGGUACCAAAAGACAGGCUAUACAAGGCUAGGAGACUUGCGCAAGAAUUGGUGAGAGGGUCAAUAGAGCAGCAUUAUGGGCAACUGGAAAACUAUAUUGUUGAAUUGAGAAGGGUUGAUGGGGAGGGCAGAUAUGAGCUUCUUCUUCAAGGAGAUAGUGUAUUUAAAGCACUAUAUGUGGGUUUGAGUGCCUUGAGAAAGGGGUUCAAAACCAGUUGCCGGCCUGUUAUAGGUAUUGAUGGCUGUUUUUUGAAAACCUAUCUCGGUGGUCAUCUCUUAUGCGCAACUGGCAAGGACGGAAACAAUGGCAUGUUUCCGAUUGCCUGGGCCGUUGUUGAGGCCGAGAAUGAAGGCUGCUGGACUUGGUUUUUGAAAUGUUUUAUGGAGGAUUUGGAUAUCCAAGAUGGCAGUGGUUGGACCUUCGUCAGUGAUCAACAGAAGGGAUUGCAAAAUGUCGUGGCCAUUUUGGCUCCAGGAGCUGAACACCGGAACUGCGCCCGACAUAUAUACAUGAAUUGGAAGAAGGAUCACAAGGGCCAAACGCUUAAGAAUUUGUUCUUUAGGGCUGUGAAUGCUACCCAUGAAGCGGAGUUCAAGGCUGCACUUCAGGAACAGAAGCAAGAGAGUGCCGCGGCGCAUGAAGAUUUCCUGUCAAGGGACACCAAAAAAUUCUGUAAGGGGUAA